AUGGGCCCAAAACCGCCACAUUUGAGUCCAGCUGGGUCGAGUUUCUCCGUGAAUCGGGAAUAUUCCCAUUUGAAUGGAGAUGGGGAAAAGAAAAAGUACUUACCUGAUGAAGUACUUGAUAUGAUUGGUGCACGAAACAAAACCCUUUUGGUGGGAAUGUGUUCAGCUUCAUUCAUUUGGGUGCUCGGCGCAAUGCCGUUGAUGGCCUCGGGUUUCACUUCUGAUACAAAUAAUGCAACGAUGAGAACCGUGAUUGAUGAUUUUAAUCUAACUGGAGAGAACUCGUAUCUGGCUGAGAUUCCAACGUCGGCAUAUAUGGCAGGAAAUAUGGCUGGUGGAACUUUCCUGGCUCAGGCGUCGGACAGAUUCGGUCGUCGUCCCGUUCUCCUACUCGCUCUUUCCAUGUUCUCUCUAUCCGGCAUUCUUGCUUCAUUUUCCCCAUCGAUUCUCAUUUACAGCUUGCUCCGAGCGUGUCAAGGAUGCUUUUAUACAGGUUCUUGCGUGACCGGUUGGGUUGCCGGUUAUGAGAUGUCACCGCCAAAGAUGCGUCCAUUAGCCACGCUACUUUUUAGGAUGGCUUGGUUAUUGGGCUAUUCUGCUGUGGCCCCUUUGGCCUACAAUGCCGACUCGUGGAGACAACUCGUUUUUUACACGGCUCUCCCAUCAUUACCCUUUGCUUUAUGGAUAUAUUUCUUUUUACCGGAAACUCUGCACUUUUUGGUGAGCAAACGGAAAACGAAAGAGAUGGGAGUCUGGCUUGAAAAAAUUUGCGGUGAUCAAAAGUCGCCCGUUUCUUCAGAACAAAUUCUAUUACUUCAGGAAAACUCUGAGAAAAGUUCAUUG